AUGAUCGAUAUUCCUGCAAAGGAUUCGGAUUACCAGGAGGGAAAGCACCGGAUAAAUGCCAAAGGACUGAGGGUAUAUAUGCUUAGAACUGAUGCCAGUAAUCAAAGGCUAAUUCAGACUCUUGUUAGGCGUUGCGAUAGACAGCAGGACGCUAUCGACGAUUUAGACCUCAAAUACCUUAGGAAGUAUCCUUUGGGUGUCGGGGUUGCUGACCCAAACUUCUUACAGGGGACGAUCUGGACACCUGCCGGGAUAGCAGCCAAGAGAGCUGCUGACGCACUCGCGGCUGCUGGUGCUGGAGGUGGUGGUGGAAGUGGUGGAGGUGGUGGUGGUGGAGGUGGUGCAGGUGGUGGUGGUGGUGGUGGUGGUGGUGGUGAUGGUGAUAUCGUGAGUGCUCCUAGAGCACUGCGGAUAUUCCUGCCAGUCAUCAGAGUGGCUCCCACCAAGCGCUCCUCCGGUUCAGCACCUCUUGCCCCAAAGCGCCCACGACUCCCAAAACGACCUGAAGAACAUGAAGAUUUACUGACUGACGAGUCUGAAAUAUCUUACCGAACAUUGACUCCACUGCCAGCCCGCACUCGGAGUAGUCAAUCGACCACCGCCGCUCAAAUAACUCGGAAAGGUCUUCUCCGUUCCUCCGAAACCCCCACUGGGAGGAGCAGUCCUAGGAGGGAGGAGCCUGAGGCAAUUGAGGCGCCAGAGGCAAUUGAGGCGCCAGAGGUGGAAGAAACUGUUGAUACUAGCCACUCAGACUAUGAUGAUGCUCCGGAGAAUAACCACGAGAGCUCUGAGGAGGAUGAGGAUGAACCGGAGGAUGAAUCUCAAGCCCCCCCCCCAUUUUACACCCAAAAGUCUCAGACUGUCGGAAAGAGACCUCAUACAGUUCAGCCGACUACUGCCAGAGCACUUGGCAAUACUCGGAGGAAACAAACUGACGCGGUAGCGGAGGUCAUUGCUUCUUCCAACGUGUCGGUGGACGUGAGGGGAACUCGACCCGGCGCGAAAGUAAUACGUAAACAAGGUCAAGGGAGAGCAGCACCCACUUCAGCACCCAGCCAGAAUAAAUCCCAGAGAGUACUCCCGGCAUCCCAGAGAGCACCCCCAACACCCUCACAGUCUAGGCCCUCUGCACCUGUUUAUGCUCAUGAGUAUACCUCUUCUACGCGCCAUAUCGAGUUUUCCUCGAUGAGCUCUGUAUACGGGGAGUCGUCCCCCACUUACUGGACAUAUCGCUCUUCACCGCCUAGCGAGCUAAUUGGCGAGAACUCUGGGAGCAGUCGUCAGAUUCCUUCAAGCCAACUUCACGGUCAAGGUAGAUCGCGAAGAGUCUACGAAAUCGAGUACCUUCCCUCAUCUAGGGAGGAGGACGAGAGUACUCCGAUGCCGGAAAGCGAGGGUAUUUUGAUUCCGGGAAGCGAGGUUAGUAUUCCGGAGGACACUCACGACCUCUUUGAGAACACUGGCGACAUUCCUUCGAGCCAAUUGACUCAGAGGUCUGUGGUCCCUAACUCUAGGAGUGCAAAUAUGCUGUCAGUGCAGGCUCAGAGGAUUGAGAAGGAGUGUAGCGUGUUAAUCGGGGAGCAUACUCUUCUACAUGAGCUCUUUCCACCUGCAGCAAGACUUUCGGUACUGGUAGUGAGCAUGUGGGCAACUGCUAGUCGCCGAGUGGGGUGUAGUGUAGACCUUGAUGAGGUCGUUAUUAAACAGAUGAGUGCCCCCAAAAGGAUUACGAGUGCUCUGGAAGCAUAA